UUUUGUGAUUGCGCAGUGGCUCUCACAGGUUUGUCAGGAUAUUGUGUUCUAUUGAGUAGUCUGUCUUGUGCUGAAUUGGUCUCUGUAUUGAUGUAGAGCGAAAUGGUCGAAAAAAAAGAAAAAAAAGAAAAGCCUGCAGACAUCGGUAGAGAUUUCUGAGCUCAAGAGUCAGAUCUUUGUCACAAACCUCAACAAUUGUGAUAUGAAGCUGCUUUUUACUGGAGAGAAAUAAGAGGUGAAAGCUGAAAGGAGAAAAAAGGCAAUCUGACUCGAUUUGAUGCUGCCUUUGUUGAAGCUGCUGUUGGUAUGUCAGCAGGAUCCCUUCGCCGUACAAAGGGCAGAACAAAGAUCAAUUGGUUGGAAAGUGACAGCAUACAAACUCUACGUCACGUACAGACUUAGCGCACCGUGUACAUGUGAGUUUAGAUUUUAUUUCUGGACUGUUUCAACACUGAGAAUGAAAAAUUUCCGUCCACUGAAAACAUAGAUGCUAUAUAUACUGCAAUUUUUUCAUAGGUGCCAGCUUUUCACUCAUUAUGUGCUCCUUCCUUUUUCCAUCUUUUCUGCUUGAAUAGCUUAAUAAUAUUUCAUCUCUCCUCUCUUUGAAGGCUAAAGAGAAAGUGUAUUUCUGCUUUUUUUUGUCACUCUGUUGCUCUUUUCUCCUCUCAUUCCACUCCACUUGUAGGCAAUCACAGCUGGCAUUGAGCAAAUAAUGCAAAAAGGAUUGCCUGCUCUCUUUCCUGAGGGCAUCGAAAAGGUUGCCGCACAGGUGUUUACCGCAUUUUUUUUUAAAAAAAGGAAGAGGUGCCUCGGUGUGGGAAUUUGGAUGCAGACAAAAUAAAGAGAAAAUAUGGGAAGCAGCUCAGUUUAUAGGGACUGGAGGGAGCGAGGUUACGUGGGUCCCUUUUUCUUUCUCUCUCCUCUGUCACUCUGUCUCAGAGCGGAGUGAGGCAACACCUUCUCCCUGCCUGACUCUUCAUCGCACCGUGGGUUUUCUACAGAACCAGCAGGAAAACAUUUGUUAGGAGAGGCUGACGACCUGGAACUAGAAAGAAAACAAGGGUGAGAAAGAAGAGAAGAUGAAGGAGAAGAAAAUGAGCUCAUUUACGUAACUGAAGAGACACUACACACGGACAUUCCCUCUCAUAGCUCCUGUUUCAUUAUCUGCACAGGUAAGUAACUUGAGCUCAUAUUGGCUUUUUCACACUGACAUUUUUAAAUAUGCAUGGGGAAAUAUUUUAAAAACACAGAGAUUUUGUGACAUAAAAUUCAGAGAUGUAAUUUAAUGGUUGGUGUACUUUUCUUUUUUUUUUUGAUUAGAAGUUUUAUCCACAGUCAAAUAAAGGUUGUUGUGUUUUGUGAGCCACAUCAUGAAGCUGUACAGCCUGGAAAUAUAAUGACAGGAACAGAUAGAGAAUGACUGAAAGACAGAAUUGGCUCCAUGGAAAUUCAAAGUGGACUAAAUUAUAAACAAAUAUCAUAAUAAUUCAAAAUGAGCUUUUCUGCAUAAAUGAGGCAAAUUUUCACAACACUAUCAUUUUUGUCAAUGGUUUGCUAAGGGACACAAUCACUAGCUCUCCUGCUGUUGCCUGGAUUGCAGGACAAGGUCUUUAGCCACUUUAUCAGAGAUAGUGGGAGUUGAGAAGCUCUCCAGGCUGUUCUCUCAUCUCUGCCUGAUUACUGUCUGUUUUUCAGACUCUGAAGACCAAACUGAGAUGAAAACUGAUAUUUUAACCACAAUGAUUAUCAUUUUAAAAUGCCAGCAAAUAUUGAUUUUUUUUAGACGGAAUGUCAACAGGCAGAGGUGAAAUGUGCCGGACUCCUUUACACAUAUUAAUUUGAUAUGACAGGUGUGAUCUGAUCUCCUCGCCUCUUUCAUAUUCAUCACUUUAUGACAUAUAUUUACAUACAUUUAAAGUUUAAAAUGAGAUAACCUUUUAAGAAAAAAUACAUAUACUCUCAUCUGCUAAUUUUGUCGUGAUCUGAUCUAAAAAAAAAAAGAAAAAAGAAAAAAGAAAGACAAAUUGUUCUGUACUGCGUAGCAUCUGUGGCACUGAGCAUUUGUGUGCAUCCUGUCAGCAUGAAUGAACCGCAGAGGGGAGGCGAGCAUUGUCAGUAUUAGAGUUGAAAGCUGAACAGCAUGGCAUUUGUAAGCCUGUUUGUGAAAGAAUCAAACCCUGAAGACAAACGAGAACACUAUUAGUACAGACAUGCUGCAGUGAACAAAACCAUAAACUUGCUCUAGGAAGGAAAUAAGGAGCUUGAGUACUAGAUUAAAGAUAAUGCAGCUAACCUUUAGACACUGAGUGAUCGUUUUUCUUUUUUCUGCACUUGUCCGUGUGUGUUCAUUCACAGUUGUGAGACUUAUGCAGUUAUUAAAGAGAGCCUGACCUCUCUUAAUGAAAGGGUCAUGCACCGAUAACAGUGACUGAUCAGAGGCCCUUCAGAUUAGAAGAAAAUCUGUUUACUGGCUUUACAUCCAGCCAUUAAUAAGUCAGACUUUCUUACGUCAUAUCAUACAAAACAUCUCAGCAGUGGUGACGGUGAAGCUGUCUAGUGACUAAUAGUGUUGCAAAAAGUUAAAAGGGCACAAACUUUAACUUUUUCUGAUUGCAAACCAGUGAGCUGUUUAAAACCCUCUUGAACGUUGUGGCAGUGUUAAAGGGGCAAGCUGAUUACCUUAUAUAACAAGGUACAUCAUUAAAUUGUCCGACCAGAAUUGCAUAUAGUGAACCUUGCCCUCAUUUUAGCGCAUUUGUGUUCAGCCUCUGCCUCCAGCUGUCUCUAGAUAGCGCCGCAGUCUCGCAAUGAUAGAAAAUACAUGAUUUAUUUAAACCCUUGCAAUAUGAAAUGUCUGCGGAGUCACAGAGAACAAAUAAAAAAAAGAAAGUGGAUGUAAAGAAAGACGGUAAAAGAAGGCAAGCAAAAUAGGAUAAGAGAGUGAGAGAGUGUGUCUCCGGGGGUCCUGUUGUCCCUGUUUUACAUUUUUAAGGGUUCUCAAUUCCCAUCACGCCUCGUGAAUUAGCUGAGGGGACAGGAUGCUUUCCACAAUGGCCAUGGCAACAGCGUUACCAGGGAAGGGUGGGUUUCUUCUAGGCUGGCAGACUACGUGGACAGUGUGACACCAGAUCGGAUCGGAAAACAUAUUAGAGCAAACUAAAAGUCAAAUGCACAAUGAAGUCUGCUACCAUGAGACACCAUUCCUGAAGUGUGGAGAGUUAGUGAGUGAAAAACAGGUUUGGAAUUGGACAUGGAAGAUACCUCAGCACACUGUCCAAUUUGUCUGGAUGUGCAGCGCAAAUGGGUUCACAGGAGAGGAUCUAUCUGCUAAAGGAUUCAAGAACUAUCUGAAUCAUUUAUCAUUUAUCCUUUUAUAUUGACAUCACCUUUUGGAAGAGACACAAUCAUGCACGGACAAACCUCAGUGAUGGUUUUGCUGCUUCUUCUCAGUGCCUUUAAUAACAGCCUAAUUGGACCCACGACCCCAUUUGCCGGAUAUUAUGAAGCAAAAUGGAUCAUCAGUCAUGACUUUGUUCCAGUAAUAGCAUAAGACACAUAAUCAUGGUUUCUCUUUACUGAGCAAAGUGUGUUUGUGAGGUAGGGACGUCUAAUUGCAGGUUGUGAACUUAUGACCCCUGAACUUCCUCCUAUUCCGAGAGAAACCCCAGGGUGGGCGCAACACUUAUGAAAAGAUUUAUCAGGUCCAUCAAGAGCCAGUGUUGGGUUUUUCCACUUUGAGCUUCUGUGGACACACUCCAUGGAUGAGACCAAGUCCACAAAACAAUUACUUACCAAUGACUCAGUUGAUAUCCAAUCCUGCAAAGUGAGCACUGGGUGUAGACCCAGUGACGAUCAGAAAAUAAACGUUUGGAUGGGUGCACUGAUAAAUUGACAAUCAGCCACUGAGCUAUAGACGGCUAUUAGACGUCAAGUUUUUUUUAGACCUAAUCUCAACCGUCUAGAUUCUGUAUAUUUUUAGACGGAAUUUAGACAUUGUACUUUGACCCAUUAUUCGAUAACUAUUGAGUUGCAUAACUAAUCUUCAAGUACUUAACCAAAAAUAAUUAUGAUAGCCACUGAGCAAUAUACAGUGUAUAAAAAAGGAGGAUAGCCCUGCACAGCGCAGAUUUUAACGUUGGUACUGGUGGUGUCCGGAAAAAAAGUUUCUAAAAAGAAGAGAGUUCCACCGCACACAACAUGGUCAUAAUGUUAACUAAUUUAUUGGUAAGAAGAACAACACGUUUCGCCUCACAGGCCGUAAGCCUGAAGUAGCCUGUGAGGCGAAACACAUUGUUCUUUAAACCAAUAAAUUAGUUUACAUUCUGACCAAUAUACAGUGUAGUAUAGAUGUAGCCCAGAUCUAGACUUGGUCUAAACUUGGUCUAAAGACCUGGUUUUAAAGCAGUCGUCUAGGUUACAUUUAAGACGUCUAUAGACCUCUUUUAGCCACAAAAUUGCUCAGUGGGUAACUAUGUCAUCAGAAUUUGUCAUAAAGCAGAUAUAAAAUAGUUCUUUCUCUUCUAUAUUUUCUAUCAUGAAACUUAUUCAAACAACUUUUUUUUUCUUUAUCCAUCAUCUCAAAGAAAAUGAACACUUAGUUUGACCUCGUCAUUUUUCUACAUGUCCAGUUGCAGAAAUAGCUCCUAGGCUUUUCAAGUAAUCUGAUUGCUAAAACUGAGAGAAAAUAGAGCCAACCUGGUCAUAAUGUGACCCCCGGGCUGUUUCCUCUUCCAGAACUCAGAGGGAGGCUGAGUCUUUUAGCUAUUAGAGAGCCAAACCACCCAGUGUCCUCUACAAACUGUGAGGCUGGAGCUGAGUAUGCGACUUUUAGUAUUCAGGUGUGUUGCAAAAAUAGGUCCAUAAAUAAUGACUGAUGUCUCACUUGGGGGUUUUCAGGCAUCUCUAAUCAGGGCACCGAAAAUCACAAGUCGAAAACAUGUUUCUCUUAAUUAUUAAGCACUUUUACCUCUUUUGUAAUCACUUGUCAAAAUUAAAAACAGUUCUGAAAGCAGCAUUUAGCAAACAAAGGCUUAGUGAACUAUUGUUCCUUCAACUCUGUCUUUAGGGAUUAGGUUUUUUCCUGUCAGAGAAUAAAGAUAAACUUCUUAUGUUCAGAGUGGGGUAUGACAUCUAUUCUCUGAUAGCUAGUUAACUAACUUGAAUCUGGUACCUGGAGUUUAUUCUGGAUAUCUAUGUCUGAGGAAGCUGAUGCUAAAGUGAAAAGAACAGGUCGGUCAAAGGGGAUCAUCAUCUUUUCAACAAAGAAGGAAAUCUACUACACGGAAAACACGAUUUUAAACAGCCACAGUUCAGUUACCUCCUCUCAGACUCAGCUGUUAAGUGUACAAGCAUUAAAUUGAUGCAACAUAACACAUUGGUGGUUCAUAGCAUAAUUUUGGCAAGUGAUGAUAUUCAUCAACAGUACAGACGUUGUUCAAAUCAAGUAUGAUUGAAGCAUGCAUUCAGGGGUCGUCAUCUAUGGCAGAAAAUAGUAAAAAUGCUGCUUUGAGUUGAGUCAACCUGAGUCCCGGAAAGAACCAUGCAGGAAAGAAUCUCCUUGGAAGUGCUGCUACCAAAUAUCAGAGGUUGGAGGUUGUGAGAGAAGUGUCAUUAAUCAAACGGGGAAAAAAGAAGCAAAGAUUUUCAUUUAUAAAAUCCACCUGCCAAGUUCUCUUAGGUUUUAUUACACAUGCUACAUCUGUAACCCAUCUUUCAACACAGUUUUUAUUCAAUGGAUCAGUUCAAACAUCCUAAUUCUGCUCAAAUGAUACUUCCUACACACUGAGACCACCUCAAGCGCUUACAGUCAUGGGUUUAACUAAUCGGUUUGACGUUUUGGAUGGGAAAGUUUAUUUUUUAUCAAAAGACCUUGAAAGACUUUCAAUCAACAUACUCUGAACUGCAUUUCCACACAGAUCCACCGUAGAUGACAAUAACUGAUAUAACCUUUUUUUUCUCCAAGAGUUUCAUGAAUCUGGGACAAUGAUCUUUCUGAUAAAGGUCAAAAUCGUCUAGUUUCUAAAAAAAAGAGAAGCUGACAUUAUCAAAACAUUCAAACAGAUGGAAAUGCCAAAUUGUGAUCAGCACCAGAAUUGUUUGACGGUACAACAAGUUACUCACAUUUUUCCCGAUCAAUAUAGGCUCAUAAAGGUGAAGAAUUAAACAACAAAUGAAUUAGCAAGAUUUCAUUUGUUUUCAGCACUUGUCUGAAGAACAGAAAUGACACUCACAAGUAGAAAGGGUAAAUUGUUGAACUAUAACACCAGCUCAAAUAUUGCAACCUUUGUGCCCGCUGAGAGGGUUGUCCUUUUUUUAACUGGUGAACGUGACAUGAAUAGACUGAGCAUCAAAUUACACCAGCUGAUAAUAACAAAAAUAACUUUAUUGAUGUAGCACCUUUAAAAACAGAUGUUCAGAAAGUGCUUAACAGAGGAAACAAACAAAGGCAGAAACAGACGAAGGAAAAUUGACAGUUGAAAAAUAGACAGUUAAAUAUUUGCGCUUGAUGGCUGACGGCAUUACAUCAGGAAGGUGAGAAAGAAGAAGGAGGCUAGAGGACAGAUAAAAGAGAAAUAGAAAUAAAUACAUAAAAUAAGACAUGGUUAAAUAAGAUUAAUAAUGAAAAGGGAGGGAUUAUAUUGAAACAUGAGAAAAUGGUAUAAACAGGACUAAAAAUAAUAAUAAUAAUAUAAAUGUUGUUAACAAGUGGAUUUCACAGAACAAAAAAACCUCACACCUAAUAAUGAGUGUGUUUAAUGUGUGAUUAAUAGUAGUCUUACUUGUCAGUGUUUAAUUUUCAUCCUUACUUAUGUAGAUUUUCAUUGAUAGAUUUUCUAAAGACUGAUUAUCAGCCUAUCAGGUACAUUUCAAAACUCCCACUGGUGACUACAGUCGUUCAGUGAAUUACAGUCGUGCUUUGUUGAAUAAUUUGUCGUAUUCACAAUGCACUUCUCAGGGAGUCGCUGAUUUCAGCAGAAAUCAUAGCAGUCACUUUUGUAUCAGAAAAGGGUGAUUACCAGAUCUGAGUAACGUUUUGAAAGGCUCCUAAUGGUUUUGGACAUUUGGUAUCGACCAAAAUGAAAAAGAAAAAAAUUGACUGUUUCUUCACCUUUGGACAGGUCAGCUAGUCGAGUUAUAAGAGUAUGAUUUUAUCCUAGAUAGGAAGUGAAUAAAUGAUUAAUAAGAAAAUGAAGCAACAUGUCUGAGUGACCUUAAAUAUUCUCUGCGGUAUCACUGACAUCACUUUGAACAAGCCAUGAAGUUUGGUGUAGUUCAUUUGGAAUCAACACCUUUAUUUCUAGACACAAAAAUGACCACACAACAACAUUUGAUCUCUUAAAGUUCUGGUAAAGAUAAAGUCAGUAUUUAAUCAUUUAAGGCCAAAUCAGCUCAGGUUUCAGAAUUCUCAGAAGGGCGAGAAAGAAAAUUCACACUUUCCCUCUUCACAUUUUAUAUCUCUGAACUCCUGCCUGUAAUCAGAGGCUUGAAAUGAGAUUUCACAGAAGAGAACCACAGUGAGGACUGUGAGGUUCUUAUAAGAGACAUGUCACAAGGAACAGGCACUUCAAAACUGACCACCUCAUCUGCUCUCGCUAUUUCUUAACCUGAUUGUGAAUUUGACUGAUCUUUAUUUCUCAAAUACAACUAAAUAUCAUCCCCAUGUGAAAAAAGAAAAUAUUUUAGAUAAAUAGUUCGAACAGAUAGGAUUCAUUAUGAAACAAGAUGAUUAAAACCAGGUCCCUUUAGUAGCACAGAGAUAAUGAAGUGAAAUCUUUGCAAAAUGUUUGAUGCAAACAGCUCCCUCUGAACACAGAUGUUGUCUGGUGGAUGAAAGCCUCUCAGGUUCAUUGAGCUGAAGGGCGAAGCACAAAAAGUUUGACAUUGAAUUGACUUACUUUGAAAAAAAAACGAGAAAAUCUGCCUUUUUUGGUGACACAACUCGACUGGAAUGAUUGUAACUGUGAAUGUUGAUAAGAUGAUCCUUGACAGUGUGAGGAAGCCUUUGAACUCUGUAGAGAUAAAGUAUAGGCUUCACAUAUUCACCCAGUUGGUAACUUGCUCAUGAUUCCAACAAUCUUUUGACAAAUUAAUAUCUCUCUUAUUUAAAGGUUGCCCUCCAGAAACAUGGAUUUCUUCAUGAACGAGGACUUCACAGUGAUCAGCAACGUCAGCAACAAAAGAGGACAUGAUGGAUUAGAAGGCAGCGAAGGCCAAGGGCUCAACCACAGUGACCCUCUGGACAUGUUUGUGGGCAUGGAGCUCCUCCUGCGGUUCAGGCCUCUGUUCCUGCCUCUCUACAGCCUCAUCGUGGUUGUCGCUGGUGUUGGAAACUCCUUCCUGCUGGCUUGCAUCUUAGCUGACAAAAAGCUCCACAACGCCACCAACGUUUUCAUCGGUAACUUGGCGGCCGGAGACCUGCUGAUGUGUUUGAGCUGCGUUCCACUGACAGCGUCCUACGCUUUCGAUAGUCGCGGCUGGGCCUUCGGGAGACCCCUUUGUCAUCUGGUUCCUUUGCUGCAAUGCGCCACUGUGUUUGCAUCAGUGCUGUCACUUACCGCCAUUGCUGUUGACCGCUACAUUGUUGUGGGUAAGGGAAUGUGUCAGUUCUGAUUCUGUAUAUUUUUAGACAAAAUUUAGACGUUGCACUUCAACCCAUUACUCAAUAACUAUCUAUUUAAAAAAGCAACAGUGAGUUACAUAACUGAUCUCCAAGUACUUUACCAACAUAAUUAUGAUAGCCAUUGAGCAAUAUACAGUGUAGUAUAGAUCUAGCCGAGCUUUAGACUUGGUCUAAACUCGGUCCAAAUUUAGACCUCUAAAAAACUUCAAUUUUUAGACCUGUGGUAGCCUGAUUUUAGACCAGUCAUCUAGGCUACAUUUAGACGUCUAUUAGACCUCUUUUAGACCAAAAAUGCUCAGUGGGUUGUAUAUUUUUUGUUAAAACUGUAGGAGUUCUGUUUUUGUGACAACAUAAUGAUAAUAAUAACAAUAUGUGCAUUAGUGUCGAGCAUUUGUUUCAGUUUUUGCUGCACUUGUCUUCAUUUGCAGCAGAUUUCUCUUUAAACAUACCUGUUUCGAAAAUACACGAUUUCUAAAUCUGCACAUCAACCUAAUCUAUUGGACUUCUGCAUGAGUUUGUCUAUGCAAACCAUAAAAAUCUGCAUGUACAGGGCUGAAAUCAAUACAGACUGCGCCACUUAAAAUUCAUCAACCCUUUGCCAUUGCAGUGGUAGAAAACAUCGGCUAAUUUAAUACUAGAGCCGUUCAAAACAUGAAGGCUACAGUUUGUGAACAAAGGGACCUGCUUUGGUGCUCUUACAAUGAACUAAAGCUGAACUAUUUUUACCUCUCUGUCUCAGCUCACCCUGUAAGGCAGAGGAUCUCUGUGUGGGGUUGUGGUGCAGUGACUGUGGGUGUCUGGCUUUUAUCUCUGGCCCUGGCUGCCCCUCCAUCUCUCUACACACGCUAUCUGGACCUACGACCGAGCGGUAUAGACCUCGUUGUGUGCGAGGAGUUCUGGCCAAAUAGUGGCAACCUGCGGCUUCUCUACUCCUGCUUCAUCCUCAUUGCCUCUUAUAUGAUCCCGCUGCUGUCAGUGAGCAUAUCUUACUGUGCCAUUACCAUUAGCCUCGGGCACUAUUCAGUGCCUGGGGAACCUUCUAAUAGUCAGCAGCGCUGGAGCCAGAGGAGGAAGAAGACCUUCAGUCUGCUGGUGGCCUCGGUGUUGGCCUUUGCCCUGUGUUGGCUGCCCCUGCAGGUAAGUCCUGGAUCCAAAACUAAGAUCUAACUGUUAGACUUCUCUUCCCCCUCACAAUUAAUUAACCAGCUUUGGAAAAUCAUCAAAAGAUCAUCAUUUGAAAUUGAUGCCUGGGAAAGAGAUUAACUUCAAAUCUGACUGGAAUAUCUCUUUUACAAACUUCCCCCUAAAACAGCCCCUAAAACAAUGCAAUUUUACGCCUCAUUUACCAAAACUGGCCAUCAAAAGGUAAUUUUAUCUCCAAAAACACAAUGAGCCAUGCACAAACAAAUUAUGACUUCAUCACCGUAUUAAUGGAAGACAAGAGUACAAGAUUGCCUGCGCUGCAUUUUACCAAAAGUUGUUUGUUCACAGUUCAACAAUUUGCACGCGACAGCAGCUUGACAUUUAACAACUGAGCGUUUGAUGCAAAUUACAGAUGAAUUUGUUUAAUUAGGAACUUUCUCCAUGUUUCUGUUAAGGUGCUGAACCUGCUGUUGGACCUGGACCCAGACUUCCAAAUCAUAGGGAAGCGCUAUAUUAAUGUCUUACAAGUGUGCUGUCAUUUAGUGGCCAUGAGCUCUGCCUGUUACAACCCCUUCAUCUACGCCUCCCUGCACAGCAAAGUACGCAUGCACUUGAAAGGCUACCUGUGUCCCUGCAAGAGCAGAGGGAUGGUGGAGAGAUCGACAUCAAGAACUGAUCCAUGACUGUGACUGCUAUGAGCACAUGAACGAGUCUGGUCCUCAGCCACUAUCUUCAACACCUGUACCCCUAGUAACCAUGUUAAUGUCUGAGGUCUCCAGGAAAAACCAGGAGGACUGUUCGAUGUUCACUCAAAACAGACUUUUGCAUGUUUUUCCAGCAUUUCUUUCUUCAAAAUAUCCAGUACUCUCUUGUAAAGUGUCACCAGAAGCAGUGUUACAUAAGGUCAUCUAUGACACUCAGUAAAAGAGCAGAUCAAGACCAGACCUGACUACGGUUCAUUUAUGACAAUGAUGAUGGCAAAGAUUAAGCAAUGCGUGGGAUCUUUUUCCUAGAUGGCCAAGCUGCUGGCAAAGAGACAUUAAGCAGAUCUUGUGGCUUGAAAAAGGCAGGCAGGGGCACAUAUACAGACCUACAGAAGAGGGACUCUGUAACCAAGGUAUCCAAGAGGCUGAGAGUAGGGCCCUACUCAGCUUAAAAGGCCUGGUUACACUUCCCUUUUGGGGGGCUGACCGUAAGAUGAACUCUCUUCUCCAGACAUAGCUUUAAAAAAAAAAAAAAAGAAGAAAAAUAUGGAUGUGAAAUUAUGAUUUUGUGUCUGAACUUCUCUGGCUUUGGAUCACACUCGUUUUUUUCGCAUCACUGUGGCUCAGUUUAUUUGUUCGAAUAAGCAUAUUACCUGCUAAGUUUAAUGUGAUUCUUUCUGUUUAUUUCUCCGAUAUUUUGUUCCAGUUAUGCUCACAGAAUUUGUGUUAACCUGCGUGGAACAGAUCAUUACCGCUCCGAGGGAUACAGCUUGCAUCUUAAUACACUUUCAAACCUCAUUUUGUAAAAUGUAAAAAAAUAACAAAUUCAUGAAGGUGUAACCUGAUUAGUCUAUGUGUUUAGCCUCUGUCUGGAAAACAAGAUUGACAUAAUGAUGAACUUAAUAUGCAGAGCAUGAACAACAAAGUCCUACGUAAGCGUCAGUGUGCUGCAGCUUUGUUCCCAUCAAGAGUGAUUAAAGCUCUCUUUGUUUGUCAAAGCCUG